CAAUUAUUGCGUCCAUCCAGCACUCGACAUGCCACGCCAUUACGACGAUCACCGUCUGAUGUCUUCCACUCGUGUCUUCAGCUUAUGGCUGUUCUUCCUCUUGCUGUUCAUUGUCUCCUGUAUGUCGUUGGAAGUCCUACUCGAGGUGCAGCUUCCUUUGGAGCCUCCACCAGAGCACAGACAGUUCCUAUUGCUCUCGGGACAGGAGCCUGUGGACACGUUGGAAGCUUUUCGAGUGCGUCACGGCCAGACGCUUAAGUGGAGAUACAACAUGCUGGUGCAGAUCUGCCAGCGACCUCGAGUAGUUUGCCGUCGUGAAGUCCCGAUGGUUUACUCGAUGCAGAUCCAAGCACCAGGAGGUGGAAUCUUAGGAGAACUGGAGAUACUGGAAGCUGUCGAGCCGGCGGACGCAGUUCUUGGCUUUGCAUUGCAACAUAGUAUCGGACGAGAGGGUAGAGCGACGAUAUUGAAUGCAGUGUGUGCAGUGCCUCAUGUGACGUGCACAAGGUACAGAGCUUUGAUGCACUCGAAGACUGUCGCUGGAGACGGUGGAACCCAGAUCGGCAAGCUUGAUAUUUACGACGAUGUGGAGCCGAUAGAUCAGAUCUACAAGUUCGUAAAAGACCACAAGUUGCCGAUGCCUGCGAUGGAGCAACUACUUAGGGUGACCUGCUCAGCUAUUGGCGACUCUCAAUGCUUAAGAGAACUUCCCAUAGUGUACUCACAGCGUAUUGUCGUGAAAGAUGACGAGACUGGUGCACCUCGUCAACUUGGUAACUUACAAAUUCCGUUAGGCCAAGAACCAGCAGAUCUCGUAUACGAUUUUGGAUUGCAUUAUGGACUGGCAAAACCAUUCCGACAGAAUCUGGUGAGAAAGGUUUGUGAAGACAAGUACGUGACUUGUAAGCGUCUCAAGCCGAUUGUCUUCGCUUCUCCUGUUAAUGUGGAGAACGGUACAACCGUGGGUGUGUUAUCAAUUCGAGAGGAUGAAGAACUAGUGGAUGCUGUGCACAGAUUUUCAAGACAGACCAACAUCACUCGAGACUUGCAAAUUUCGUUGUUUCAAGCACUUUGUGGGAGUCGUGAUGGAAUUUUGUGCACUCGAGGUCAAGCUCUUCUUCGAUCUACGCCAGUGAGUGAUGGUAGUGGGCAGAUUCUAGGCUACGUCAAUAUAUACGAAGGGCAAGAGCCUGCUGACGUAGUUUAUCAGUUUGCUGAGCAACACAAUCUAGCACCCGGCGACCAUGAUGUGUUGCUGGAUAGCUUUUGCAAUCCACCAAAGCCAACACCUGGCCAGGAUGAAGACGACGAAGACGAAAACGAGACGCUUACGUGUUCACGUUACGCUCCAGUAGUGUUUAGAGCACCCGUAGCAGCUCAGAAUGGCUCACAACUUGGGAUUUUAGAGGUGCUUGCUAACGAAGAGCCAGCAGAUGCGGUUGCCAGGUUCGGGAACAAACACGAUUUGGGCCCGGAAGAGAAGAAGAGCAUUGUUAAUGGUGUAUGUAAGGCAAGUGGACUCGAAUGUACUCGAGAAGUUGGGGUUUUGUACGAAGCUAUCUACACGCUUCCCGAUGGCCGUCGUGAGCGAUUACCGUUCUACGAUGGUCAAGAUUCCACUGAUGUAAUCUACGAGUACGGUCUGAUGCGUAAUUUGACGCUACGCCAACGACAAAAGUUCCUCAUCGAAGUGUGCAAUGAACCGCGCAAGCGUCCAAAUUGCACACGUGCUGAGCCGAUGCUGAUCAAUAUCCCAGUGUGGGAGUCUGCUAGCACAAAGCUCGGCGAUGUACAAAUCUUGGAAGGCCAAGAACCGGUUGACGUCGUGUACGCCUUUAUGGAAAAGCACGAUUUAUUCCAGACAGCCCCUUUAAAUACGACACUGAUCGAGAUUGUAUGCAAUAGUACUCGAGUCGAGUGCAACCGCACGCAGCCAAGGCGUACCUUGUUUUCCGUUCAGGCUACAUAUGCUGGUUUAUCUCACACACUGGAAUACGUACGUCCCGAAUCCGACUGGAUCUGCGAGACAGAGCCCCACGGUGGUCAGCGCUGUGUACAUUAUGUGGAAGUUCUAGCAAAGAAAUUUUGUGAGCGGCACAUGUACGAAUGGGAUGCGUGUGGGUCCCGUAUACUAGAGGCAUUGCGCCAGCAACUUGAAUUCUACGAAAUUCGCAUGUGGAAAGCCAAAGAUAUGUAUGCAAAAUUGGGACUGGUGAAGACUGCAAGUCGCGAACAGAUCGACGCGGCCUACAACACAUUGGUGAAGCGCUUCAAUAAUGAGACCGAACCGUACAAAUAUGAAAAGCUCAAGGAGGCUUAUCGCGUGCUGAGCGACCCGGAGGAAAAGUAUUAUUACGACUUGCCAUGCGUCAAACUAUUCGGAUGCUUAUGUGGCAAGCGCCAAAAGGACGGUGGAAUCACUUUCACCCCAGACUGAGAACUGCUUAACAGUUUAAUAGGGUGUUUCGGAAACACUGUUUCCUGUUAAUUUAUUUGC